UUUCUGCAACGUCACCGCAAACGUGAUCAUACGCGCCGACCGCGUAGAUUAGCCUCCUCUAUCAACGACCAUGCUAACUUACGCUUCCCCUUUGUAUAUAUAUUAACAUUCACUUUUUAUUUCUCUUCUAACCGCGAACCAGCAGUCUUGGGAAAGAAUCAACCGUCAAAUCCUUGAAUGCAGAUCAUGGAGCAGAAGCAGGACUUGCAAAGUUGCUUAGUUUUAUGGAGGGGACGAAAGUUGGUAGUUGAAAUGAAUCCGAGUGACACUCUUAGGGAUUUGGGGAAAAAGUUGCAGGAGCUCACGAAUAUCGAGGCCGAUACUCUGCGUCUUCUUAUUCCCACGGAGAAAAGUUCGAAAUUGAUAUAUCCUUUUUCUGAUGAUCACUCGUGUUUAACACUGGAUUCAACAUCACUACUUAAGGUAAAAUCUAUUAGAAUGAUGGGAGUGCCCAAAGAUGAGGUUGAUGAAGUCCUAAAAAAUGCAAAGGCAGACCUCAGAAUAGCCGGAUUUGAUGAAGAAGAGAAGAGAAUGAAGCAGAGAAAUAUAAAUAGAUCCUAUUCCUCGCCAAAACUUCCUCAAGGGACUUAUGUCUUCUGUGAUUUUCGAACACUUAGUCUUCCUGGAGUAGAGUUAGAUCCUCCUGCAUCGAAGGCUCUGGAAUUGCUGCAUAAGCUUGCUUCUGAUCCAGGAAUUGUUGCGAUUAUGAACAAGCAUCGUUGGCGAGUGGGAAUUUUGACUGAGAUGGCACCAAUUGGUUAUGUUGGAGUGAGUCCUAAAUGCAUACUUGGUUUCAACCAGAAUCAUGGUGAAGAGAUAUCACUGAGACUUCGAACCGAUGACCUCAAGGGUUUCAGGAAAUAUGGAAGCAUUAAAAAGACUCUUUUGCAUGAGCUUGCACAUAUGGUCUUCUCUGAACAUGAUUCAAAUUUCUAUGCUCUGGAUUCUCAGCUUAACAAAGAAGCUGCUAAUCUUGAUUGGACUCGAUCAAGAGGCCAUACUUUGAGUGGGGUCACCAAUUCGCAACACUAUGAAGAUGAGUUUGAUAGCACUAGCAAUGCAACUCCAUCACAAAAGAUUGGAGGGCAGGCUUCUGCUCUUCCUAAUGCUCGUGCUGCUUCAGUGAGCGCAGCUUUUGAACGUCUCGCCAACUCAUUCACCACAUUUUCAAGUUCAUCUGAGAUGGAUGUGCAGGAACUCGGUGCCGUGUCUGGCGUUGGUUUCAAUCAGAAUGUUUCUGAUGACAACAAAGAUGAUGAAUCUAUGGAUCCUCGUCUUACGAAAGUCCCUUUGCCUGUUGCUUCAGAAAAUGACAAAUGUGAACAAUCCAAUCCCAACAAAUCACGGGUUAGUCCGAUUGAACCAAAUUUCAAUGCAGAUAUUCAGCGGAAGGCUCUAGAACCUGAACUUGUUGAUUCAGGAGAAGAGCCGAAUCAUCGGAGAUUUGAAAAUACAGUGGUACCUGAUCAAAGGGACUCUGUUACGCCCAUGAAUAUAGAGUUCCCUAGUCACGGGAAUGAGAUGCAGAUAGAGCCUGAUUCUGGUGAGCCAAUAGCAAGGAGCCAAACUGCUGAACCUGAACCAAAUGAUCCGGAAUUGCAGAUAAUCCAAGACCCUGUUACAGUGGUUUUGGGUCGUCUGCAAAGUGCUGUCCAGUCGCUCAAAUAUCAAGUUACUCCCUCGGAGACUGGAAGGGUCCUGCAAACUUUAAUUAAGAUAAUUCGUAAUGUGAUUGAACAUCCAGAUGACGUCAAGUUUAAAAAACUCAGAAAGGCUAAUCCAACGAUACAAAUGAAUAUUCUUACUUACAAAGCUGCUAUGGACAUACUGACAAUGAUCGGGUUUGUGGAAGAUGUUAUUGUUGAUGAAUGGGGAAAGGCCGACGCUUUUUUAAUGUUAAAGAGAAACGAUCCAGGUUUGUUGUGGCUUGCCAAAUCAUCUCUCGAGACAUACAUUACGUAGGCGUUAGGAUGUCCACUUGGCGACGUGUACAAUGGGAAUUUACUGUUAAUAAACACAGCUCAGGCUUCUGUGUCACAGGAUGUAUUCGUAUAAUGUAUGUACAAUUUAUCUGUAAAUUUAUAUCAUUGAACAGCACCCAGCAAUUGUAAUUGUGGAUGUUGAUCGUAAAUAUUUGAAAUACAAUAUGAAGUUGGAA